AUGGUGCGUGGAAACGCAGACUUGCCUGUAAUCCGUGCCUGUAUUUUUGAUUUGGAUGGGCUUCUCAUCAACUCCGAAGAUAUGGUCACGAAGGCGGUGAAUCAGGUCCUCAAGCAAUAUGGGAGGCCCCCUCUCGAUGCACCAAUUAGAGCCAAGCUCAUGGGCGUUCCAGACUCGACAAGUAGCUGUGAAUUCCACAAUUGGGCGAAGGUGCCUAUUUCCCGUGAACAGUUCACCCUUGAAUUGAAGAACAGAAUGCGAGAAAAGUUCCAGAACUGCAUACCGCUACCAGGUGCUGAGAGGCUUCUGUCAAACCUCAGUCGCGUAUGUAAUGCUUUUGGGGACAAAAUCCAGUUAGCAUUGGCGUCCAGUACCAAAAGCCAAAGCCUCGAAUUGAAGAUUUCGAGGCCGGAAACGAAACAGUUAUUGAACCACUUCCAGCGGGACAGAUGUAUUCUUGGUGAUGACCCACGAGUACGACAGGGAAAGCCGGCGCCUGACAUAUACUCAGUUGCAUUGCAAACGCUGCAGUCAGAGAUCAAUGCAACUCCCAUCUUGCCCCACGAAUGCUUGGUGUUCGAGGAUAGUCUGGCUGGGUUCAGGGCUGGAUUCAGGGCUGGAAUGAGGGUCAUUUGGGUACCGCAUCCAGAUCUGGCUACUGAAUACCAGGUUUCGCGGGAGGGCGCCUUGACCGGAGGGAUGGGGAUAAUAUCUGUAGGAGAUGACACGGGAGUACGAGAGUUUGACGAAGACUGGGUUGAAAAGAUAUCAAGCCUGGCGGAAUUCAACUACGAGAAGUACGGUCUUCAUAUACAAUUUUGA